UACACUUUCACGUUCAUCGCCUGCGACUUUCUUAGUAUGCUCCUGCAAGCUGUUGGACGUGCUCUGGCUGCCACGGACAGCAAGACUGACCCUACCGAUGUCGGAGUGAAUGUUAUGAUUGCCGGUCUUGCCUUCCAAGUUGUCAGCCUCGCCCUCUUCAUGUUCCUCAGCCUGGAGUUCGCCUACAGAGCAUUCAAGGCCAGAGAGGCCGAUCUCGACUUUGACUUCUUCAAUUUGAGACAGCGCAAGAUGUUUCGUCUGUUGCCAUAUGCUCUUGCUCUCGCGGCCGUCACAAUCUUUAUCCGCUGUGCCUUCAGUGUUGCCGAACUCCAGGAUGGCUUCAGCGGAGAUCUCGCUAGCGAUGAACCAAUGUUUAUGGGGUCCGAAGGACCAAUAAUCAUUGUUGCCGUUGUUGCAAUGACUCUUGUUCACCCUGGUAUCGCGUUU